AUGUCUAACACCAUAGUAAACGAUGCCAGCGGCUCGAAAUCUUACGAUAACGAUACCAAAGACGGUGCUCGAACACCCACUACCCACGAAGUACCUUCGAUUGAGAACAACGCAGACGCCCUGUUUAAAAUUAGUCCUCUCUACAGGAUCCUACCUUAUGGAUAUUCUCGAAAGCGGAUGAUCACCCGAGGAGGUGCAAAAUUCAUGAGUGCCGUCUCACUUCUCAUGGGUGGUUUGACCCUGUAUGUUUCGGCCUACAACUUGUCUUCAUAUGGUUCGGUUUCGACCAAUGCAGCGCUGGAUGCUAUGCUUAACACCUCCGAUACGACCAUCAGCUCCCGAUUACUUGCAGCUAAACAAGGUGGUAUCACCUCUAUCAAUUCUUUUGGAAUGAUUGUUGGUGCUCUUGCUGGAGGAUGGCUCACUACUUCUCUGGGUAGGACCAAGUCCAUAUCUACUGCUUUGGCUAUCGGUUGCUUCGGUAUGGCAUUACAAACUGCUUCUCAAAAUCUGACUUGGUUCUUGAUCUCGCGAUUCAUCACUGGAUUUGGUAUCGGCAUGUCCGACUCAACUGUCCCUACAUGGAUUGCCGAAAUAUCUGCUACUGCUGUUAGGGGCGGUUCAAUCGCUUUAGAACUCUCUUUCGCUGGUAUCGGUAUCGCGUCCGCUUAUUGGCUAGGUUAUGGUCUUAGCUUUUCUAGCAAUUUACAACUCGGAUGGAGAUUCAUCAUCGCAUAUCCUCUUGUCGUCUACCUCCCCGUCUGCAUCUUCUUCAGUUUCUUACCAGAAUCACCCAGAUGGUUAGUUUCUGUUGGAAUGUUUGAAGAAGCCGAAUACGUUCUCAGCCACCUCCGAAAAGAAGAUUCAAGCCAGGAGUUGAAAGACAUUAUUGCUUAUUGUGAAAUGCAGCGACAAAACAACGCUCAACACGGUUAUCUAGCCAUGCUAUUCAAACGAGAUCACGAGAACACCCGAAGAAGAGCAUGGCUCACUAUCCUUCUUCAAUUCAUGGCUACCUUUUUCUUGGCUUAUGGCAUCGUCGUCGCAUAUGCUAGUACAGUUUUAGGCUUCGCUGGCUACAGUGCUCACAAGACAACCAUUCUCGUCGGAUGUAAUGCUAUCAACUACCCAUUGUGGUUCUACGUUGGUGUAUCAUUGACAGAUAGAGUUGGUCGUCGAGCUCUAUUCAUCGCUGGUUCGACUGGUGCUGGUGUCCUCAUGAUGAUCCUUGGUGCUCUGUCAAAGUAUAUUAUCAGACAGAAUGGUAAUGCCAGUUCGGCUGCCGGCAGUGCCCUUGUAGCUUGUGUCUUUCUAUACGCUGCCUUUCACGGAUUCUCUUGGGCGUGUGUAGGAUGGGUUUAUCCUGUUGAAAUAUUUCCUCAGGCGACACGGUCCAGAGGGGGUGCGCUCUCAAUUGCCAGUUUCUCUACAGGUUUCACUUUGUUGACCAUGAUCGCUCCGUACAUGUUCACUUCAAUCAAUGAAAACGUCUUUUUUGUAUUCGGUUCACUCACUCUACUUUCAGUUCCAAUUGUAUACUGCUUUUAUCCUGAAACUAGACAGAGAACGUUGGAAGAUAUUUACCAUUUAUUCACGGGACCUAUCUUUGUUUGGCAAGCCGAAAAACAUUAUCAAAAUGUUUUAGAAAGACAAAGACAAGAAGGUGAAGUUCUCGCUGCUUAG